UCUAGUUGAAGAGUAGUAUAAACAUAAUAACAUAAGUUGCAAACAACAACAAAUAGAAAAACAUAAUAACACCAAAUCUCCAAACCCUAAUAUCUAAAAUUCACGAUUCUUCCGAUCCAUUACGGACUCUCUCCAUCUCUUUUCCCUUGCUAUAUUCUGAUGGAAAAUCAAUGAUUUGAUUAUUGAUUCCGAUGGCUCUCCCUCUAGGCAAGCUCACUAUUCUCCUUGGUGCUGGCAUUGUUGGGUCAGUACUUGCUAAGGAAGGACGAUUGCCAAAUGUACCUGAUAUUUUCUCCGGUGCAUUUAAGAUCGCCUGGAGGCAAAUUCGACAAGAUAAUUCAACCAGGUCAACUCCAAAGUCAGGCAAUGCUUCUUUGAUGCAGCAGGUUAAUAGCUUACGGCAGGAUCUGCAACUCUUGGCUUCAAAUAGAUCUGUUACAAUCGUGACAUCAAGUGGAUCAGGUUCUAGCAGAUAUACUAUGAUCAUUGUUAUUGUGGUGAUGGGGUAUGGUUAUGUUUGGUGGAAGCUUGAUAGGUUUAGAAGAUAUCCAAUUCAACAUGAUAGGUUUAGGCAAUAUCAGGUUAUCUCGAGGUUAGCAAACAAAUCAAAUCUCAACUCAACUAUCGAGGGUUGGAAGCUUCCUGAAUUAAUGUUCGCGACCAGGCGGAGCUUAUCUGAUGCAUGUGGUAGUGUGUCAAAACAGCUUGAGAGCGUAUAUACAUCUAUUUCUGCGACAAAGCGCCAUUUAACUUCACGAAUUGACCGCGUGGAUUCUAAAAUUGACGAUUGUGUGGAUAAUACUGCUGCAACGAGAGAUGAGGUUUCUAAGAUUCGAGGAAAAGUGAGAACAUUUGGUGAGGAUGUCCAGUCAGUUCAUCUUGUUGUCCAAUCACUGGAGACGAAAAUUAGGAGAAUUGAAGGGAGACAGAGUGAAACAAACUAUGGUGUGGGAAAGUUGGUUGCUUUUGUGAGGAGCAUUGAAACUAGUAGAGCCAAGGAGCAGAUUGAGGCACCUCUAUCUAGUUCAUCUAGAGCUGCUCUUGAAUUACCAUCUGUAGCUUCCUCAGCACAGGCUGGGUCUUUGCCUCCAAAUUUAUCAGUCGAACCAUCAUCUCCAUCUGCUUCAAGUGUAUCUCCGAAGCGUCCUUUGCAUGGUGCCAUAUCUGCCUCUGGCCUUAAGGAACUUGGAGGUAUAUCAGAUGUAGUCGAAAUGUCAAGUGAAAGCACUCCUCAGGUUUCCAAUGCUGUUUUCACCUCAGAACAGAGGAGCAAUGAGAACUCUGGUUUUGGUAAUGUGUUUGGGCGUAAGUUUGCAGGCAUUGGCGGUUCUUUCAUCACAAGAAGCCGCAGUGCCAUGCAGAGUUUCAAGUAAGGCAGUUCAUCAAUCAUUAAAAUAAUUUUACUUUUCUAUGGUAUAUAUUCAAGGUUGGUGUUGGAUAUUUGCUCAGGGAGUACUCUUGCCAUUUUUUGGUGGCUGAAUUUUGUAGAACCAAUAUUUACAGAGGUUAAAUUAGGAUACAUGUGUAAGUUCAGGGUAGAAAUUGUCUACAGACCGUUAGACAAGGCUAAAUAAUAUAUUUUUUUGGUUCA